AUGCGGGUACUUGAUAGUGGAUGCUCCAGGCAUAUGUGCGGAAAGAAAGAAAACUUCAAAACCAUCAAAAAGAUCGAUGGAGGAUUUGUAAGAUUUGGGGACAAUGUUAAAGGAGAAGUAACAAGAGUUGGAACUAUUACUCUAAGCUCAUCAUGUGAUUUGGUUGAAGUAUAUCUCGUUGAAGGACUCAAGCACAAUCUUCUUAGCAUCAGUCAACUAUGUGAUGCUGGAUUUCAAGUUACCUUCAACACAUCAAGCUGCAUUAUCAAUCAUUCUGAGAAAAAGCUCACUAUCGUUGGAGAUCGAUCACAAGUGAUCCUUGGCUAUGGCAUCGAAAACUUGGACACACAAGAAAGUGAAGCAGGUGAGGAUGAAAUUAAAUCAUCCAAAUCAGCAGAAGACAUUUCUAAAAUGUCCACUGAAAAUAUCACUGAAGAGCCGGCUACUGCAGAAGUAGAGUUGACUACUCCAGCUGACAAAAUAAAUGUACCCAGAGAAUGGAGAUUCUGGGAAAACCAGAUGAGAAAAUCCAAACUAGAUCCUCUCUCAAGAAACAAGCUUCAUUAG